AAUCUUGAAAUUUUUUUGACAUUUUUUGAACUAAACAAGGCCUAAAUGGCGUGAUCAACUGGGGGGAAAAUCCAGUGCAUACUGGAUGCACACAGCAUCUAUGCAAACUGCCUACACUCAAAAAAGAAAAAAUCUAUACAAACUGCCAUCCUGGCCGUAUUUUGAACCGAAUUUAGUAUUUUCCAUCCAAGAUCCAACUACCAUACCAAGUGGUCCCGACGGGACCACCAACCACCGAAUUUUUUCCAUAAAGAACGAACCACGCGCGGAUUAGCUCUCUGCUUCUCGUUUCCGAUUUGCAGUCUCGGCAGUCGCCCUUGCCAGCGACCAACCGCGCCAUCGCUCUCCCGCCUCCGUCUGAACCUGCCACCAAGCAUCAAGCCAUGGAGACGGCAGCGGCACCUACCACGGCGCCGCACGUGCUAGUGGUCCCCUUCCCCGCGCAGGGCCACACGCUGCCGCUCCUCGACUUCGCCGGCCUGCUCGCCACGCGGGGCCUCCGCCUCACCGUCGUCACCUCGCCCGCCAACCUCCCGCUGCUGUCGCCUCUCCUCGCGGCGCACCCCGGUGCCGUCCGCCCGCUGACACUUCCGUUCCCCUCCAACUCGUCUAUCCCCCCGGGUCUCGAGAGCACCAGGGGCUGCCCCCCGGAGUACUUCCCCGUCUUCAUCCACGCGCUCACCGCGCUCCGCGAGCCCGUCCGUGCGUGGGCCAGGUCACGCCCGUCGUCCGACGACGACCCCAUCGUCGCCGUCGUAGCCGACUUCUUCUGCGGGUGGGCGCAGCCGCUCGCCCGUGAGCUCGGCGCCGUGGGCCUCGUGUUCUCGCCGUCCGGCGUCCUCGGCGCUGCCGUCCCUCACUCGCUCUUCCGCCGCCUGGUGAGGCGGCCUGCUGCUGCUGCCGAGGGCGGCGACAAGGAGUCCUUCGUCGUCACGUUCCCGGCAAUUCCCGGCGAGCCGGCGUACCAGUGGAGAGAGGUCUCCAUGGUUUACAGGUGGUACGCGGAAGGCAGGGAGGAAGACGAGCAGGUCCGCGAGUUGGUGAGGCAGAACUUCCUGUGGAACCUUCACGACAGCUGGGGUUUCGUGUUCAACUCGUUCAAGGCGCUGGAGGGGAGGUACCUGGAGCAGCCGCUCGAGGACCUGGGCUUCAGGCGCGCCUGGGCUGUGGGCCCCGUAGCACCUGACGCAGACGCCGCCGGCGCGCGCGGCGGGGAGGCGGCCGUCGCGGCCGCCAGCCUCGGCGCGUGGCUGGACCCGUUCCCGGAAGGCUCGGUCGUGUACGUGUCGUUCGGGAGCCAGGCGGUGCUGACCCCGGCCGUGGCGGCGGCGCUGGCCGAGGCGCUGGAGCGCAGCGCCGUGCCGUUCGUCUGGGUCGUGAGCGCCGGGAGCAGCGGCGUCGUCCCCGAAACGUUCGAGGCGCGCGCGGCGGAGGCGGGCCGCGGGAUGGUGGUGCGCGGGUGGGCGCCGCAGCUGGCGACGCUGCGGCACCCGGCGGUGGGGUGGUUCAUGACGCACUGCGGCUGGAACUCGGUGCUCGAGGCCGCCGCGGCGGGCGUGCCCAUGCUGGCGUGGCCGAUGACGGCGGACCAGUUCGUGAACGCGCGCCUGCUCGUGGACGAGGCGCGCGUCGCGGUGCCCGCGUGCGCGUGGGGUUUCGGCGUCGCGCCGGACCCGGGCGAGCUGGCGACCGUGCUGGCCGACGCGGUCGGGGAGAAGGGCCGCGACGUGAGGGCGCGCGCCAAGGAGCUCGCGGCGGAGGCCGCGCGGGCGGUGAAGCCAGGCGGGAGCUCGUACGCUGAUUUGGACGGGUUAGUGCAGGAGAUUCGGAAUGUUCAUUGAAUUCGAGCGGAUCGUCAGGAUAAAUUGCUGCGCUGGCAUGCUGUAUAAUUAACUGUUACACUGUCCUGGUCGACUAUAAUCACGUUCAAUAACAAAAGUUUGUUUCAAAGGGAUGCAUUCUUCA